AUGCGGGUUGUGGCGUUAAUUUGCUUUGCCAUAGCAGAGACGCUGGGGAUUGAGUACCUCAACGUGACCUUAGAUGCCGUUGCGCGACAGUUGCAGCAGUUUAGAGCAGACCAUCCGAAACCUAUUGGACUGCUAACAACUUCCGGUGGCGAGCCAGUGGAAGUGCGGAAGACGGUCACCCUGAACACGGAUUACUUCAACAACCAGUACUUCUGGGACCUGCAGUCGGCAGUCGACCAGGAGCGCACGCCCGAGCGCACCGUGCACUCGCGAGGCACCGGCGCCCACGGCUUCUUCCAAGUCACCAACGACGUCUCCAAAUACACCAAGGCCGAUGUCUUCAAUGGCAUCGGAAAGAAAACCCCCGUCUUCGUCCGAUUCUCCUACCUACUCCAAGCUCGGGGAGGUACCGAUAUGAACAGAGAAACCGGUGCCUUGACAUCCAAAUUCUACACUAACGAGGGCAAUUUAGACUUUCUAAGCUUAAACUUCCCAGUUUUCCUUUACAGAUCCCCACAUGCAUUCAGUCCAUUGGCGCAUGCUUUCAACAGAAACCCGAAGACGUUUAUUUUGGAUUCUACAGCUCGUUUAGAUAACAUAAUUCGGAAACCCGAGACUAUCAUCCAGAUAUUGUGGCUGUUAUCUGAUUACGGUAUAUUUAAUGGCUACAGGAAAAUGAACGCAUUUCCUAUCCACACGUACGAGAUCGUUAAUAAACACGGCGACAGUUACUUUGUUCGAUUUAAAUUCAUGACUGAACAGGGUCUCGAACUACUCACCGAACGUGCUGCCAUCAUUAUUAGAGCUUAUGACCCCGACUACUCCGUCAGAGACCUGUAUGACGCAAUAGCCACAGGAAACUACCCCUCUUGGAGGCUAGAUAUGGAUGUAAUUCCUAAGGCAAACAUUACUAAGCUUAAUUACAACCCUUUCGAUAUGCUUCGUUUAUGGACGAAUGGAACGUACCAAACAGUAACUAUUGGACGCUUGACCUUAAACAAAAAUCCUGAAAAUAAUUUUAAGGACGUGGACCAAACCGCUUUUCAUCCUGGUAACUUAGUGCCCGGAAUACCGGGACCAGUAGACGACAUGUACAAAGCCCGAAGAUUUUCUUACCGAGAUGCUCAAAGUUACCGGUUAGGCAUCAAUCAUAAUAACAUUUUACUCAAUGAGCCGAAGUAUUCGAAGAUCUAUAACCGAGACGGCCAUCCGCCGGUGCGAGAUAAUAUGAAAGAUGCGCCGAAUUACUAUCCGAACUCGUUCAACGGCCCAGUUCCAUAUGUGGACGUAUCGCAUCCUAAAGAGAGGAUAUCUAUUAAAUCCACACAGUCUAUAGAUCUUGGAGAGGCUGCUUAUUUUUACAACACGUACGUAAAUACAGAGGGAAAGAGGACCAGGAUGGCAUUAAACAUAGCCGGUAUAAUGGUGCGAGCCAUUGAAGAAUCGCAAAAGAAAGCGCUGGAAAUCCUGUACCUCGUGGAUCGCGAUUUAGGUUCACGGGUCGAGGCCGCGCUGCCCCUCGCUGAGGCACAAAAAAUCUUGACGGCCCCAAAACUGGUACUAGUUGAAGAUGAUCCUAAAACAUAUGAUGUAUUACCUAAUUGCCAAUAA